UUUACAAAUUCAUUAGUUGCUGAUAUUCUGUCUGAGUUUUGGAGGUGGCCAUUCACCACGAACGUGAUCAAUGAAUGAAUAUUAAAAAAAAGUGAUGUGUCUGAAGAAUGAAACUGAGAAAGUGGUUGUAGUUAUAAUGGAUAAAGAGCACCACCCAGUGGAAAGAUUUGUGUUUGAAAUAUCACAGCCUCCACUGCUAUCCAUCAGCUCAGAGACUUUGCUGUCCCAUGUGGAACAGCUGCUGAGAGCUGUGAUCCUAAAGAUUAGUGUGUGUGACGCUGUUCUGGACAACAAUUCUCCAGGAUGCACAUUCACAGUGCUGGUACACACCAGGGAAGCUGCUACAAGAAAUAUGGAGAAAGUUCAGGUCAUCAAGGAUUUUCCAUGGAUUGUAGCACAUGAGCAGGAAGUUCACAUGGAAGAACCAAAACUCAUUCCUCUAAAAACUAUGACCUCUGAUAUUCUCAAGGUUGUGAGCAAAGAUGCCUGCAUAUCUGCUCGUUGUUUAAUGGUAGAUCAACUCUUAACUGGAUGAAUUCUAGUGCUGCUUCUGCAACCUGAGAAGCCUCUCAGCAGAUACAACCACUCUGUAAGUUUCGUGGUUGAAAAGGAGAACACAGCCCCACCCAUCCCCUGCCUGCAGAAGAAGGGCUGUUACCAGGCACUGGUAAUAUGGCUUUUCAACCACAUGGGGGAGCCAUAAGCCAAUCUUACUUGAAAAACUAAAUACUGCUUUAAAUGCAACCAUAAUUGUUUUCACCAAUGAAAAGAUCUAGUGUUUUAUUUAAGAGCUGUGUUUUAGUUUUUAUCUAUACAGUGGUAUAGCAGUGAUGUCCUAAGAGUGUGAAUAAAUCAUAGAUCCACAGCUUAAAGGGAUAGUUCACCCAAAAAUGAAAAUUCUGUCAUUUACUCACUCUCAUGUUGUUACACACCUGUAAAAAUUUCUUUAUUCUGAUGAACAUGAAGGAAGAUAUUAUGAGAAAUGUUUUUAACUAAACCAUUCAUGGACCCCAUUUACUUCCAUAGUAUUCUUUUAUCCUACUAUGGAAGUCAAUGAGCUACACAAAAGUCACUUGUAAUGUGAAUGCGACUUUAGACACGCAGGUGAAACAGGUACACGUAUUUGUAUUUUUCAGGUGUUUCAAAAUCUGGUCAGGGUAUAUUCUGGCAAGUAAGAGGCAGGGCAACAUUUAAAAUUCUUCAAAGUAAAAGUUCAUAGAAACAGAUUAAUAGAUAAAUUUGUCAAAUAUUUAUGGUUUACACUGGAUUUUGCUAUAUAAAGUAGAGCACAAGUGAAGUGGUGUUUGCCUCUCCGAUCCCAAUUGCUUUAACAUUUUCUUUUUCUAAUGCGUCUUUUGCUUAAUAUUAAUAAUUUUGAGAUACUUGCAAUUAAAAAAUGUGCUGCAUCCUCUUAUGUUUAAUAUUCCCAUUAAAGAGAGCAUUUUGAAUUCAAACUAAUUAAAGAUAGGAGACUAAACUAAGAUGUCAAGACCGAAAAAAAUAAAACAAUUAACCAUUAGUUAUCACAUGAUCUGUCUUUAAAAGGCAGAUGUAUCUCCAGGUUAUUGUGAAUCAAUUAAACAAACUGGAACUAUGUAUAUUUAGAACAUUAGUACUAGUUCAGUUAAGUAUAAAGAAUCCAACUAUAUCAGAGAGUGGAAUAACAAACCCAUCCAAGUAUAACCUCCAUUUUGUAAUAGAUUGUAAAGUCCAUUGAUAUGGGUGUCCAUCUUGCCUAUUGUGGAGCUGCCAGAUGGCACAGAGGCCAAAUGUCUCAGUGCAAGUGGUACAAUUGUCUCGCUCCUAUAACAACAGAAUUCAAUUAUAUAUAAGUGUAACAAUAAAUUAAGAAAACUCAAUGUUGGAACACAACAACACUGUAUGUAGAUAAGGUGCAGCCCCUGUGUUCACAAAACCCAAUCACUACCAAAUUCCCAUCAUUAUUACAAUGGUUUGUUCUCUCUGAAUAUUUAAGGAAAGUUUGCAAAAUUUUCAGGUGGAUUUUCUAUAUGGGGUUCCUUUCUACAUGAUGUUGUGUCUUUGGACACAGCACCAUGUAUUUUUAAUUUUACUUGAGGAAUCUGAGGCCAGAUGUAUACUAUUACAGCGUGGUCCUUUUGCCAGGUAUGCAAUGCUUUCGUAUGCUUACAACUUGUUAUUAAACUAUAUGCUUAAUAUUUGUUUUGGACUGUUAAUUGGCCUUUGAAUUAUGAUCUCCUCACCUGGCUAAUGAGUUAUGUUUGCAUUUAUUCUGGAUUAUUCUGAAUUUUUGACUUUUGUAAAUUACAAUGUAUCCUUUGUUAACACAAAUCUACGAUCGAAGUUAAGUUCAUGGUAAUUAAGUUCUACCUCUAACUAAGAUGUUAAGUAAUCGCAAAUGUGGGCUAUCAGGGUGGUAGUUAUAACCAAGGUCAUUGUUUCUGCUUCAAGUUGUUAUAGUCAUACUAUUUAACUAAGCCAGAUGGCACUGGCCUGAACCCCUGAUUAUUUUUGAGCUUGAUAUUAAGCAAUUGCAUGAGGCUACAUGGGUACAUUUAAAAAUAUCACAUAAGCAUGGAGCGAUAUUUUUAAAUUGCUUUAGUCAUAACCUCUGGUUAUUGUAUAGUCAGAUUAAUUAUUUAACCUUAACUAAGUUGUUAUGCAAUCUUACCGUCAGAGUGGUAGUCAUAACCUCUGGGCAUUGUCUCUGCUUUAAUUAAGUUGUUAUAUUAUAUUGUUUGGUAUUUUCUGACAGAUGGCGCUGGCCUGAACCCCUGAUUAUUCUGGGCUUUGUAUAUGGGCAAAUGCACGGGUCUACAUGGUUGACCUUUUAGCAAUAUUGCAUGAGCGGCUUUAAUAUUGCUUUAACUGAAUGAUCAAAAACAAUAUUGAGUAAAUAGGUAAGGCAAACAUUUAUCUAAAAUCUAUAAUUAACAAGGAUAACUACUAUCUAUUUGAUAGUGUUGUAGACAAGACCACCUAAACCGAGACCAAGUCAUGACCAGGCUUAGGCCGAGUCAAGACCAAGACAGACCGAGACCAAGUCAAGACCAAAACCAGUGCAAGUCACUGCAUUAAAACACUUAUGAUAAAAUGUGGAAUAUGCAUAUGAUUAGGCACUUCUUAUCUGUGUGUAUUUGUGUGUGUGUGUGUGUGUGUGUGUGUGUGUGUGUGUCUGUGUAUGCCAUCAGAGAAGUUGAUAAAACAAUCAAAGGCAUUGCAGAUAUGUGGGAAUUUAUCUUUGUCUAUAAGCAAAUAAAAGUGAACAAACACUUAAGAGGUAAAAUCAAUUUAACCGUUUAUUUUGAACUGUCUUUCCAUGGCUUGCCAUCCACUUAAAACAAUGCAUGUGUCUUUACUCUUUAGUAAUAAAAUUUGAAAAAUUGUCAUUGGGAGAAACUUAAACAAUGCAUACACAAUGCCAACAUCAUAUGCCAAACCUGAAUAAACUCUAUAAAAUUAAUAAUAAAAAAAAUUGACAUCAGUUGUGGUCUUGACCAGUCUUGAAAUAAAAUUCAGAGUCCUCUUUGUCUGAGACCGAGACGAGACCAAGACCUUUAAAAACUACAAUACUACUAUUUGAUUUAUAUUAUAAGCAGCAAGAUUCGAUCUUUUGGAGUCAGAUAAAACUACCUAAAUUACAUAAUGCUGAACAAAUGCUGCUUUUAAAUAAACAUUUAUGUUUAUAAGUUAAUGAUAAUUUUUUUAUUUCUCAUAACCCGCAAUUUAUUAAAAUGCACAUCAUUUUUUAUUAUUCUGUCUGUCCUGUGAGUUGCCCACCGCACAUGCGGAUAGGUUUUAACAUGUGUGUGUGUUAGUAACCUAAAUAAAUACAGAAAUAUGCAGUAUUACAAAUUAGUAGGUAGGCCUGUGCAUUGUAUAGAGGGUAUGCAUGUGAUGUCACCUUCGGCGAAAAUGACUGCAGUUACGCCCACUGAGUGGAAAAAAGUCUGAGCGACAGCAUUAGCAUAGUGUGAAAACGUGUCUAAAAUAAGACUGCCCUAUAACAGACUAAAUUUGGAGUGGUCUUUUUCCAGAUUGCAAAAAACACUCUAAUGAAAAGUAAAGCAGUAGUAGUACAGUAUAUGCAGGUAAAAUUUUGGAAUAAAAAAUCCUAUUAAAAUACACCAAUGAAUAGUUCUGUGUAAUUGCAAAGUUUUGUCAGUGAGCCUUCAUUAAAAAACAUCCAUUAUGAUGAGCCUUGUGUUCUACAAAGGUUGGAUGGUUUAAUAGUGUUGACAAACAUAUGUCAGGAAAAGCAAUGUAUGGCCAUAUGCCAAUGUCCAUAGACUACUGGUUGUUUAGCAAGUUGUUAGGGUCACUGUUAAGGCCAACUAAAUUCAAUUUAAGCUGAUAAUAGUCCGUUUUACUGGCGUUUUCGCAGCAGCCACUAUGAAAACCAGCCAUUUUGUUGAAUGUUUUGCCACUCAACAGUGCGAGUUCCGGCGUGGUCACGUGGAAAAGUGACGUCAAUGCAUACCUUCAAUAGACGGUUUCAGCAGUAACAACAUAAACAAGCGGCUGUCACGGCCCGCACAUAACUUCCGGUAAACUCCGCUAAUAAUAAAUAACAACAAAGUACUUUAAACGUAGUUUAUUUAUAUAACAAGCACAAAAAAAACCCCAUAGAUUACCUAGGAAACCAAAACAUUUGUUAUUUUUGAUGAAGCAUUUGUUCAAGAGAUCAGUUUAGCAACUAGUCAAACCAUAAAAAAACGAAACCGGAAGUAAAGUUCGGAUCCAGACGUUUAUUACGUGCGUCCAAUGAAACCGUCUAUAGAAGAAGAAAACGAAACAGGAAGGAACAUUGUGCUAGUUACCAGUCAUGUGGUGGUUAACCACGUGUGCUUGCUUUGCUGAUGGUGAAAUGCGAUAGGGAAGUUUGCCAGAAUAUACCCUGAUCAAGCCCCUUGAGGAAAAAGAGGGACAAACUAAAACAGUUAAUAAUUUAUCACUUCUGCAGCAGCGAUGUUUCAUUUAUUCACAUAAUAUGUGGAUAAACUGUAACUUUAUUCAUCUGUCAACUGUUCUACCUCUAAUCAUAAACAUCAGUCUCUGUAUGGCAACUUGUUAUAAUGGAGAGUAUGAAAUUAAUGGCCAGUGCUGUCCAAUGUGUGAUGCAGGAAAGCGAGUUUUUGAGCACUGUGAUGAGUUCACAAGCAUAACAUGUGUAUCAUGUACUAAAGACACUUACACAGACUCUUCUAAUGGAUUAAGAGAGUGUCUGCAGUGUUCUGUCUGUGAUUUAAGUAAUGGCCUGAGAGUAAUGAAAGCAUGUACAGUGACAUCAAAUACAGUGUGUGAGCCUCUGUCAGGUCAUUACUGUAUAGAAGUAAAGGGGAAAAGCUGUUUAAAGGCUGAAAAGCAUACAACCUGCUCACCUGGACAGUAUAUCAACCAGACCGGAACAGAAUUUCGAGAUACGGUGUGUGCACCCUGUCCUGCUGGUUCAUAUUCAGAUGGUACACUUUGCAAAUUACACACAAACUGUGAAUCUUUUAGGAAAAUGACAAUCAAACCAGGAACAGAAAAAGUUGAUGCUGAGUGUAGUAAUGAUGGACAUUCUUAUAAACUACCUCUGAUUCCUUUAUUGUGUGGAGUGUGUGUGUGUUGGCUGUCAUCGUUGUAAUUGUUGUAAUUAUUGUAAAGAAAAAAAAGUCUUAUCGUCUUGCAGCUCGAGAUCCACAUUCCACCGGUUAUAAACAUUAAAUUAUUUUGUAAAACCAAA